AUGGUGAGCUCCUUCUGCUCCUCCAACAUCGUAACCGCUGUGUCCUUCGCCUCGCAAAAAGCUGCCUUGGCCGCCUCGCGGAAGAUGCCGACGACCUGCUGCUUGCGAUUCUCGAGCUCAGAACGAUCCUCCGAUGAGAGAGACACACCUUCAUCGUCCAAGCCGAAGACCCCGUGGUCGUCCAGCUCGAGUUCGCCACCCUCGAGGAGUGCGUACAAGUCCAGCGUCGGCUUGGACUCCCUAUCGGGCGCAGUGGGGGCCUGGGUCGGUGGCAAAACUGCUUGGCUGAGGCUACGCACCACUGCUUAUGCUCCAUUUCACGCUUGGUGA